GCGCGGAGGAGGAGGAGGAGGAGGCCGCGGCGGCCAGCCUAUGGCAGGAACCCCGCCGGGGCUGGAAGCGGCUCUCGGCGUGCGCGCCGGCCGCCCUUAAAAAGCCAGGGGGGAGGCGAGGAGGGGACGCCCAGCGGGAGAGCGUGCGGCGGCGAGCGCCCUUUUCUCCCGGGGAGGGAGCCGGCAUGCCGGCCGGCCGGCAGAGGUGAGGCGCGGCGCGGCGCCCCGGCUGCUGGGUCGGCGUGUCCCCCGCGCAUCCCCGCGCGCGCGCCGCCCGCCCUCCUGCCCGCCUGCCUUCCUUCCAUGCGGACGCGGCGCGCGGGCGGGCGAAGAUGGCCCCGUCCGUGAUCCAGGCGUGCCGCAGCCUGGCGCUCUCAACAUGGCUGCUCUCCUUUUGUUUCGUGCAUCUGCUCUGCCUGGAUUUCACCGUGGCCGAGAAGGAGGAGUGGUACACGGCCUUCGUCAACAUCACCUACCACGACCCCGGCGGCGGCGGCGGCGAGCUGCGCAGCGAGAAGAGCGAGUGCGGCCGCUACGGGGAACACUCGCCCAAGCAGGAUGCCCGGGGGCAGGUGGUGAUGACCGCCUCGGCCGCCGACCGGCAAGCCUGCGACCCCAACGCCCGCUUCGCCGCGCCCGGGCCCGGCAAGAGCUGGAUCGCGCUCAUCCCCAAAGGCAACUGCACUUGCCGGGAUAAGAUCCGGCACGCCGCCGCCCAGAACGCCUCGGCCGUGGUCAUCUACAACGUGGGCUCCAGCAACGCCAACGAGACCAUCACCAUGGCCCACGCAGGUGCUGAGGAUGUUGUAGCAAUAAUGAUCCCCGAGCCGAAGGGAAAAGAGAUAGUCGGUUUGCUAGAGCGGAAUGUUACUGUGAUGAUGUACAUCACCAUUGGAACUCGUAACCUGCAGAAGUAUGUCAGCCGUACCUCAGUAGUGUUUGUCUCCAUCUCCUUCAUUGUGCUGAUGAUCAUCUCCCUGGCAUGGCUGGUCUUCUACUAUAUUCAGAGAUUCCGAUAUGCAAAUGCGAGGGACAGAAACCAGCGCCGUCUUGGAGAUGCUGCAAAGAAAGCAAUCGGCAAGCUUCAGGUCAGAACAAUAAGAAAGGGUGACAAGGAAACAGAAUCUGAUUUUGAUAACUGCGCAGUUUGUAUUGAGGGUUACAAGCCAAAUGAUGUUGUCAGAAUCUUGCCCUGCCGGCAUCUCUUUCACAAAUCUUGUGUAGAUCCAUGGCUGCUAGACCAUCGCACCUGCCCUAUGUGUAAAAUGAACAUCUUAAAAGCAUUAGGGAUUCCGCCAAAUGCAGAUUGCAUAGAUGAAAUACCUCCAGAUUUUGAAGCAUCUAUAGGAGGGCCACCAACCAAUCAAAUUACUGGAGCUAGUGACAUAACUGUGAACGAAAGCUCCGUAGCACUAGAUCCUCCAGUCCGGACUGUUGGAGUAUUACAAGUCAUUCAGGAUGCAGAUCCUCUUCCACCACCUGGGGAAAAUAACCUCACCACAAACAGUGAGCAAGAGCCAGCUGUCAGUAGUGAUUCUGAUAUUUCAUUAAUUAUGGCAAUGGAGGUUGGACUCUCAGAUGUGGAGCUCUCUACUGACCAGGACUGUGAAGAGGUGAAAUCUUGAGAAGAAAACGAAGACCUGCAUACCCCCUUUCAUUAAACUGAAGCAGGAAGGUGAACAAAUGGAAUCCACUCUGUAAAGAUUUGGACCAGCUGUACACCACACACACCUACUCAUACACAUGUGCACACCCUUCACACAUCCCCAGAAUGCUUUGUGAACUCCAGUACUCUCAUUCUGGGGUGGUCAUGAAAAGCAAUAGCAACAGACAUGCCUGCCUGGAUGCAGCUUCACCAACUGCGUAUGUCCAUUUCAUUCACAUUGGAAGGAGAAAGAAAACCGUUUCUACCACAUGCGCCAGAGCAGUCAUGCAUAUGAAACUGAAAUGACAGCUUGAGUAUUUUCUACAUCUGCCCUUUUUUUAAAAGAAAAAAGAAAACAAAGCAAAACACUCCAAGGUGAUUAUUUUCAUUAUGGAUGGAUUUUGUUUUUCUUAAUGACCCCAUCUUUUUUUGAGAGAGAGAGUUUAGCUCAGAUGUUUUGAGUAUGAAUACAAAGAAUGGUCACCAGGAUUUCUGAAAAUCUAAAUUCUUCUGCAUGAAGUAAACAUGCCCUUGGGAAGUAAUCAUAUUUCAAAGCCAAGUCAUAUCCGAAGCCUGAUUUGGCUUCGAGAACUGUGUUUUGGGAUCUUCUAGGCUGGAGACAGGAGGCUGGAUUCAUGAUGGUUGCUUACUUGGCACUAAAUAAGGUUGGCUCCCACUUUUGUGGGACUUUCAGGUAUGGUUCCAAUUGAGACAGGAUAACAGUAGUAACAAUGUAGUAUUAACAAUGGGGUUAAAGGUCAGCCUUUUCUUGUGAGUCCUUUGUAUUUUCUACUAUUUCAGAUUCUACAUACCUUAACGGCCUUCUCUGUCUCUCCUUGUCCAUCCCCCCACCCCACCCCCUGCCUUGGAAAGUAGAUCUCAUUUCAAAUUAGGUACUUCUCUCAAAUUUCUUAUGACCAGCAGAGUGAUAAUCAUGGGGUUUGAGAGUUUGUGGGGCUGAUAGAAAAGGAAAUAGAAAUGGUCAAAGUAAGAGGAAAAGUUUUUGAGGUGGUUUUCCAUAAUAGGAAAGUUACAAAUGUGUAGUAGAGGAUGUUUUCCCAUGAGGUAUGCUUUGUAAAUCACUUCAUCACCCAAGAUGGCACAACCAUCUGUUCAUAGCUGAAGGCCUUCUCCUGCUUCACAGAUCCCCAACGUCCCUUCAGAUAGUUUGAAAGAGAGAAUUGCCCCUCCCCUGCCUUUUCCUCUGAAUUCUGUACUGAUAAUGGUGGGCGAAGGAUCAAUAAUCCAACUGAGGCUUUGUGUUUUGAUUCCAGAAGAUCAAAAUUUCAAGAAGGCUGAAACACCUUAAUGUGUAGUCCUUAAUCAGGCUUUUAAAAUGAGUUGUGCAUACACAUACCUACAAUGAGCUCAUUCAUAAAUGUUGUAAACAGUGGCGGAGAAGCUGAAAAGCACUCUUACUGGCAUGGGAGAAAAUGCUCUCUCAUAUUGGCUUUUCUCAGAUUCCUAGUACAGAACAUUUCCUGGAGUUGGCUUUAGCAUUCAUUUUUUGAACCAGGAAUGGAUCUGGCUCUUCUGUGCGUGAAAUGAAAAUGAAAGCCUUAUGAAAUCUUAUAAAAAUCAUAAUGAAAAAUUGAAGCUUUCCAGUAUGAAUUCAUUGGCAGAUUUUUCUUUUUCUGAAAAAUAAAAGAUUCAGCAGGAGUGCCUUUAGACACUGAAAUGCCAAGUGAUCCGACAUUAUGCUGUAGCUAUUAUUCAUAGAGCAACUUUACAUGUCAGUAAAAAAAUGUAAAAGAAGACUUUUCAGUUUUCUGCCAGAAAAGGGUAAGCCAUUACACCACUUCCAACAGUGAUUUGAAAUACAGUAGAUUAGUAGACGGCAGCUUGUGCUAAAACUUCAAUGGAAGCAAAACCUAUAUUCUUUUCAGUAUGUUAUAGCAGCAUUUUAGAAACACAAGAACCUGAGGUGGUCAUCUUCAAACCCUGCAGCUACCAUAAACGUCAUUCAUUUCAGUGGGGCUUAAAAUGGAACAAUAUGUUGAAAGAUCAGGCUGCCCCCAUCAUUGCAGCGAGAAGAAAAUUGGAGUUCCAGAAAAGGCUGUAAACUCCGACUUGCUUUGAUGUAAUCCUGUUGAAAUUGGUAGAGGCCAAAAUAAUUGUGUCAUGUGUCUUGUGGUAGAUAUGUAGAAUUUUGCAGAGGCAGCUUCCGGUAUCAGAGUACUUGCAAGGCUUAGAAGAGCUGCAUCCAUCAGUAUUCUUUCGUCAACCCGUAAGAGUUGAAAGAUGUCAAUCAGCUGUACUUGUGCUGUAUGAUAGCUAUAUGCACGGAUACAUGCACUAAUGUUGAACACGUAGCUGUGCUAGUAUAAUGUUGUCUUACAAUACCAUGAAACACCAUAAUUUGCGAUAUUGCACCCAAACCUACAGUCAGUAUUCUUGAUUCUGCCUGCUCAUUUGUCAGCAAGGAAAGUAGCAAUAAAAAUUCUGAUGGUCUGAUCCUAAUAAAUACACACCCACUUCUGAUUUCCCAAGAACUGAUUAUUAGAAAUGAAAUCUGUGAAGCCUAGAAUCCACAAUGAGCACUUAAAAGUGUUAGGAACUAGGACCCAGCUCUAUAUGACUGAAGGAGCUGUGCUUUUAGGGAUGAGUCUACUUUGUUUGUAUAAAGUACUAAGUGGGGAAGGGUGGUUUUUUACAGAAAACAGUGGAUGUGGAUGAGAUUAAUGAAGCCCUGCCUCUCUUUCACUUUCUGUUGAUUUUUUGAACUUUUUUCUCCUCGUCCGCUCCAAAAUCAGGUGUGGGGAGAAGCUGCUUAGUUACCAAGCAUGGCGGUGGGAAGAGAAAGGAGGAGCAGUCUUCCUCUGCACGCUGUAAUGGUGGAAUGAUGACCCACCCUCACCUACACAUGAGCGUGACACACAGCUGAAUACAUGUACACAAAUCCCUCCCCCCCCCAUCUAAUUUGGCCCCUGAAUUCCAUUGGUGUCCACCCCCUGCAGGUCCUCUUUCCAAAAGAAUUAGUGAUUUAAUGUCACCUAUGCCUAUAAGUUUUUCAGACAAAUAGAAGUAUAUGGUGCAAAUGUUACUCUCGUUCUACAGAGACGUCUCAGUGGACUAAAUUAGAUUUAAUCAAACUAUAGCUGGGGACACUUUUAAAAGGUAAGUCAGGGUUUAUGAGGGAGCCCUUAAUGGCUUGACCUAGCCUGCCCUAACCUGGCACUAGGGGAACCUGGAAGAAGGUAGUAGCCAGGAUAACGAUAGAAUGAUUCGAUUUUGCAUGUUGGCCAUAUGAAGCUUUUUACUUUUUACCAGUAUUCCACUCCAGAAUCUUUACUAGUGUUAAGCCCUGUAUUAAGUAUGGUCUUCCAGAAGCACACUCCAUUGCCUUGCUGUUGAAUUAUGGCUAGAGAUGUAGAUAUCGGGAGAGUGACCCAUUCUAAAUUUGGAAAUACAAAUUGAAGACAUAGAAAGGCCUGAAGUUUUGCCCUAUUUUAAUUAAUCUCUCUUAGGAGUUGGUCCCCCACCCUGACCCCAACCUCUGUAUUUGUAUCAUGCCAUCCAUAGAAGUAGCCUCACAGACAUUAGAAGCGGUGUCACUGCCACAGUCUGUCACCUAGAAUGUGCGUUUGCUAAGAAAAGAAGUGAGACAGGCAGACAUAGCUGAGGAGUCUUCAGCGACAACCUUCUUGCUUUCUUCUGGGCUUAAUACCACUCUGUACAUAGUCGAUGGUGGAGGAGCUUUUGACCAGUUCCAGGACUGUUUCUGUUAGCCACAGGAGAAGAGUCAGCAGCAAGAUGAUAAGACAUAGGCAAUUUCGGGAGUCUACUGUACAUGCACACCUGUAUAUGCCUGAUAUUGCAAGUGGCUAUAUUGAAAUAGUGUGCCGCUAGAUCCUGUGCUUAUUUCCUCUGAAUUAAGUCCUAGUAAGCCCAAUGGCACUUACUCCUCAGUAAGAACGCACAGGUUUGCAGCCAAAAAGUUUAUGUACAGAUGGUCCUGUUUAUUACAGGAAGCAGGGUAUAAAAAACAUGGACUAUUUUAGAAAAGGCUGAGCUUUAACAAAGUAUUUAAUUAAUUAGAGCAGUCGAUAGAAAACAACCAAGUCCCUUUGUUUUGACAAACUGUUGCCUGAACUGAACUGAAACUUCUGCAGUAGUAAAGAAGACAUGAGAGAAUUUUUAGUCUGGAAUGCCUUGGCGUACCAGAUGGUGUUUAUUGAUGUGUAACAUAGCCAAGAAGAAGAGCGCCCUCUGGUGGUGCAGCUUCCCACCUUCCCAUGACCACUUUUGAUACAGCUGUUGCUUCUGUAAGUGGAAAUUCUGUCACAAAUAGAAAUGCUGAUUCUUUGUGGACUGGGAAAAAUUGCCCACGGUUACAAAAUCAAGUGGAAUGGAAUUGCAUUGAGGAUACUAAGAGAUCUUGUGGAAGGCUGAUAAAAUUGCACCUCACUCUUACACACCCACUUACUUUAAAAAUAUUUGCAUUCUGGUAGAGAGCAUAUCUUGCAAGAAUAAUGCAAGGGAGAAAGGACAAAAGAAGAUAAUUGAUUUUUUCUUGUUUGCUGAUUCUUAUUAAAUCUUGCCUAUUUUUUUUAAAAGGCAUCAAUCUAUACAAACAUACUUGUUUGCCAUGAAUGUAUGUAUAUGGUUAUUACAGAUGUGAAAUAUCAAAGUGUUUUUUAACAUGUACAUAGUAUCACCUACCUUUUCUUCCCUUUUCAUGUUAGCAACCUUAUGAGGCUAUAUACCAUUUUAUAAAUAGAAUGAAAUGUAAAGCAGAGGGUGGGCUUGGGUGGGAAGGGCUGUUAUUUUUAUAGCAAGAUGUUCCUUGUAUGUAGUGAGCAUUUUAAAUGAUUUUAUACUUCUCUGAAAAAUAUACAUUCCAUCCAUUUCCUGAAAAUAUUUAUUUUUAUUUAAAGUAGUUUUUAAACAAAAACAAGAAAAAUGACAGUCAUUUGAUAUGAGUUUCAUCAAUAAAGCCAAAAGUACUUGAUUUACAGGAAUAGCUCCAAAGUUUUCUCUUCUGCUGUAUCACAUAGCGGACUCUGCACUAUACCAGCAAAUGCCAAUAAAAAUAAUUUUGGGGUCAAAAACCCCUAGGGGAAACCCCUGUUAAAUAGCUACAUAGAAAUUAUUUCUAGGUUUAAAACCGUGUCUUACAAUGAAAAACGACAUGACUAGUUCAUGCUUCUGCUAGAUAAAUUUAGGGUGCAUUAACAUGUAUAAUUUAAGUAGUGAGCCUGCUGUUGAAGCACACUCGCCUUGCAUUGUUUGGACAUGCUGUCUUCUCCUAAGGCUUUUGCUGAAGAGAAACUCUUUCUUCCUGUUUGCAGCCAAAGUCAGCUGUGUAGAGAGCACUGCUAGCUCCUUAUGACUUCAUUUCUUCACUUAUCUCCCACGUGGAAUAAUUUCUGAUCAUAGGAUGUUUUUUUUAAACGAGAACAAAUGCUCAGCUGAGUGAAUUUAAAUUCUGUAUUUUUAAAAUAAUUUAGAAGAGGUAAACAGCCUGCCUGAAAUACAGGAGAACAGUGACACGGGGUUAGCAUACGAUUUGUGUCCAUCGCUGACAUCCCAGAUAUGUUAGAGGAAGCUGGCACACCCCAGUGGGAAAAUACGUUUAGCAAGUCCUGUUUUGGGGACAUCUGCGCACACCCUUCCAGUAAGCUCCUCAGGGUAGGAACUUCUUUCUGGGUUAUGCUACUCACUAGUGCCAUUUAUGCUGAAAGGAGUGUAUAUGGUGGUGUUAAAGGUAAAAAAAGACUUUCUCACCAUGAAAACCUCUUUGAGCAAGAAGCAGCUUUAGAGGUUCCUUUAAGGGUAUUUGUCUCAGACUCUGUAAACUACACAAUCGUUUUUCCUGUUUUGACAGUGAAAACAACCCAUGCACUCUGGUUGUGUAACUUACUCUUCAUCCUCCAAAUCUCACAUUGAUUAGUAAAGUAGCUGUUGGCGGGGGGGGGGCGGAGGUGAAAUCAUCCCAGUUACCUGGUGGCAUUUGCCUAGGCAGUAUUUGAUUUAGCAUUUUUGCCAGCUGUGAAUUAUCUGCCUCAUACAGCAGUAGUUUGUGAAGAAUUUGUUUUCCUAUGCAUUACUUCCUGUACCGUACUGCAAAUGUAUUUCAAUUGCUAGUAAAAUUGCCGUUUCUUUAUUCUGCGUUCCUACAUCUCCCAUCUUCCUUUCCAAUGCACUUUAUAUCUCUUGGAAAAUGUGGAAGUUGGACAACUGUCAUCUUUAAAGGGAUUGGCCUGAAAGCAAGAGAGACACAUUGAUUUUUGCUUUACUGUGUCCUAGCUCUGCUGUACAGCUUGGACAGUGACUCAGCUGGGAGGAAAUAUGGAGCUGUUAUGGCUGAUCUUGGAGAAACAUUAUUCAGUAGUAUAUCAUGGCUAUUUUUGUUAUAUAGAGGAUUAUAAUGUAAAUACUUGAGACUGUGUUAUUAUGUACUAGUAAAAUAUUGCAACUGUACAAGUUACAUGGUGAAUCCUACCGAAUUUUAUUGCAAGUUUUUUAAAAUAAAAAAUUACCUUA